GCCCAUCCUUCGCCUCCUUAGUCGGCCGCUCAGGCUGCGGCUCCUCCCGGGGCCGGUUCCCGCUGUCUCCGCCGCGGCGCCGAAGGCACAUCGGCGUGACCGACUAGCCGGCUGCCGGAGUCGAGAGCCGCCGCGCCCAUCCCCGCCCGCCUUGCCAGGGACCCGACAGGGAGUCGACCAGCCGCGCCCUUCGCCCCUCGCCCCAACGGGCGCCGGGCGGGCGAGCAGCGCUUCGGCCCUUCCCGGACAGCGACGCAGUCACAGCCGGCGCCCAAACACAGAUGUGGGAAGAUAAAUGAAGGGGUCUAGAAGUAAAUGUCAGUGGAAAGGAGAGCUACCAUCACUAAGAGACAGAGUCUCCCUCUGUUACCCAGGCUGGAGUGCAGUGGCUCUAUCACGGCCCACCAUAACCUUGACCUCCCUGGGCUUACACAGUCCUCCCACCUCAGCCUCCCAAGUAGCUGGGACUACAGUGUGUCCUUGGAAAGCUGGCUGACAGAUAAAUACUGGAUGAUACCACAAUGCAUUCGCUAAAUUGUCAAUUCUAGUCUGAAAAGGAACAUUGUGUUGCAUGUUGCUUUUUUUUAAGGCUGAAAACACAGUUAAAUCACUGUCAAAGUUAAAAGGCUAUUAAGUACACAAGAUGGGGACUCCUGGGUCUGGAAGGAAAAGAACACCUGUGAAAGACCGAUUUUCUGCAGAAGAUGAAGCUUUGAGUAACAUUGCCAGAGAGGCAGAGGCAAGGCUGGCAGCAAAACGGGCUGCCCGGGCAGAAGCAAGAGAUAUACGCAUGAGAGAACUGGAACGGCAACAGAAAGAGUACUCUCAUCAUUCCUUUGAUCAGAAAUGGGGACAGAUUCAGAAGUGGCUGGAAGACUCGGAAAGGGCCAGGUAUUCCCACCGGUCCAGUCACCAUCGUCCUUAUCUGGGAGUUGAGGAUGCAUUGUCCAUUCGAAGUCUUGGCAGUCACAGGAACCCAUCGAAGGAUGUAACUGGGACACUUUGGAGCAGAGCCAGUAUACCCAAAAGGAAAGAUCCCAUGUGUGAUAUGUUCAAGGAUAGAUCAUCAAGACUCUCAUCAUUACAUCAUUCUUACAGUCACUCCCAUGGAAUGAAGAAGAGGUCUUCUGGUUCUCAUAAAGACCUACUGAGUGGCCUCUACUUUGACCAGAGAAAGUAUAGCAGUCUUAGAUACUGCAAACCCACCUCUGCCUACUACACUCGGCAGUCUUCUUCCCUGUACAGUGACCCUCUGGCCACAUCUAAGAGUGACAGGGCCUCUCCUGCAAAUUCUGGUCUGCUGAGAAGUGCCAGUCUGGCAUCAUUGUACAGUGGUGGAUCAUAUAACCCUUACGGUUCUCGAACUCCAUCUGAAUGCAGUUAUUACUCAUCAAGAACAAGUUCAGUCCGAAGCAGUCCAGUGUUUACCAAUGAUGACACCGCAAGCAUUGUGUCCUCUGAUCGUUCCAGUCGUGGACGAAGGGAAAGUGUGGUUUCUGCCGCCGAUUGUUUUAGUCGCUCCGAUCGUAGGGGAAGUGUUGUUUCUGAAGUGGAUGACAUCAGUAUCCCAGAUGUGUCCAGUUUGGAUGAAAAAUCUGACAAACAGUAUGCUGAAAAUUAUACAAGACCUUCAUCUCGAAAUUCUGCCUCAGCAACAACUCCUCUAAGUGGAAACUCAUCCAGACGAGGAAGUGGGGACACCAGCAGCUUAAUAGAUCCAGACACCUCAUUAAGUGAAUUACGGGAUCUCUAUGACCUUAAGGACCAGAUACAGGAUGUAGAAGGGAGAUACAUGCAGGGCCUUAAGGAACUAAAGGAAUCUUUGUCUGAAGUGGAAGAAAAAUACAAGAAGGCCAUGGUUUCCAAUGCACAGUUAGACAAUGAGAAGAACAAUUUGAUCUACCAGGUAGAUACACUCAAGGAUGUUAUCGAAGAGCAGGAGGAACAGAUGGCGGAAUUUUAUAGAGAAAAUGAAGAAAAAUCAAAGGAGUUGGAAAGGCAGAAACAUCUGUGUAGUGUGCUGCAGCAUAAGAUGGAAGAACUUAAAGAAGGCCUUCGGCAAAGAGAUGAGCUUAUUGAGGAGAAGCAGCGCAUGCAGCAGAAAAUAGACACCAUGACAAAAGAGGUGUCUGACCUCCAGGAGACACUUCUUUGGAAAGAUAAAAAAAUUGGGGCCCUAGAGAAACAGAAAGAAUACAUUGCCUGCCUUAGGAAUGAGCGAGAUAUGCUCAGAGAGGAGCUGGCUGACCUGCAGAAGACAGUGAAGACAGGAGAGAAACAUGGCUUAGUUAUAAUCCCCGAUGGCACUCCCAAUGGUGAUGUCAGUCAUGAACCCGUGGUUGGAGCCAUCACUGUUGUGUCUCAGGAAGCUGCUCAGGUCUUGGAGUCAGCAGGAGAAGGGCCACUAGAUGUAAGGCUACGAAAACUUGCUGGAGAAAAGGAAGAACUGCUGUCACAGAUUAGAAAACUGAGGCUUCAGUUAGAAGAGGAACGACAGAAAUGCUCCAGGAAUGAUGGCACAGUGGGUGACCCGGCAGGACUGCAGAAUGGCUCAGACUUGCAGUUCAUCGAAAUGCAGAGAGAUGCCAACAGACAAAUUAACGAAUACAAAUUUAAGCUUUCAAAAGCAGAACAGGAUAUAACCACCUUGGAGCAAAGUAUUAGCCGGCUUGAGGGACAGGUUAUGAGAUACAAAACUGCUGCUGAGAAUGCUGAGAAGGUUGAAGAUGAACUGAAAGCAGAAAAAAGGAAGCUACAAAGAGAGUUACGAACAGCACUGGACAAGAUUGAGGAGAUGGAGAUGACCAACAGCCACCUGGCCAAGCGGCUGGAGAAGAUGAAGGCCAAUAGGACCGCACUUCUGGCCCAGCAGUAGGAAGACCACCCUUUGACCUGGGUGCUGCUCCCUGGGCCCCUACCUAGAGGGACUGACUUUUGUCCAUUGACACAAACCCCUUUUAGUACUGUUUUGAGUUUUGUCGUUAAAACAGCCACCUUUGUAUUUUAUAAUUUAUGAGCGAAUGAAGCCAGUUUGAAUCUUCGUGAAUGAACACUUCGGAUGUUGUUGUAGUUUGAUUCUAGACUAAGAAAGAACCAGUCCGUGCUGUUUUUAUUUUUUAUCUCCAUAAUUGUAGAAUCAUGUUUACUUAACAUCUUCCCCCAGCUGCCUCAGUAACUGGGCACUCGGAGGCCUUGGCACGGGUUUUGGAGGACAGACAGCAUUUCUGUGAGUGCUCACUGAGAUAAUACUUGCUGGAGACCUCAGAAAACACAAGUGCCUUCUCCACGGUGCAAUUCAGACUACAGUGAUCUCCAGUGGUCAAAAGACAUAUACCCUUAAUAUCAGACAACAUUUAUAUUUUGGUGAAGAAACAAGUUCUUGGGUGAGAAAUCUGUGUUUCACUCAAAUUUAUAUGUCUGGAGGAAAAAAGCCUUUUUUUGUAAAAUAUUUAAAUUUAUAUAAGAAAAUGUUAGGAAAAAAUAUGGGGAGUGUAUAUAAAACUUGCGUUAUUGCAUGGGGCAGGGGAAGUCCAGGCCUAACACUCUUAAAGUAAGAGUCAGGUCCUUUAUUCUUCAAUACAACUGUGCUGUACCUGGUAAAGUAUUUUAUCUGCUGCUUAUGUGUGGAAUGAAACCUCAAACAAACCCAAAGGGGGAGGGGAGGGCAGUGCGGGCAGGUCAGAAAUCUGCCUUAAGAUUCUAUUAAAUAUACCCUUCUGCCAACCACAGUUGGCUACUGA